GGUUCACUUCCGGCGCGCACUGUAAACAUCCGCUUGGUCCAGGAUCAUCGUGUUUUCCAGCAUCUCCCGCGCGGCAAGUGUUCAUAUUCCAUUGGAAGGCAGUUAUUGGGGACGGAGCAGGGGCACUGCGCCCCCGGGGGGCCGCACAAUGUCGGACACAUGGAGCUCUAUACAGGCUCACAAGAAGCAGCUGGAUUAUCUGCGGGAGAGGCUGCAGCGGAGGAGGAAAGAUGUCACCUCUCAGCUGGCCCUGGAUCUGCAGAACCCGGAGGCUCCAUCCUUCCGCAGUGACAGCCCAGUCCCUUCAGGGGCCCCACAGCCGCCUAAAGGAGCAGUGUCCACAGAGGUGACCCCAGACCCGGAGCUGGAGAGGAAGCUGCUGCACCACCUGUCGGACCUGUCACUUGUCCUGCCGGUGGACUCCGUGUGCAUCCAGCAGGCCAUCACCACGCAGGACUUCUCUGUUUCAAGGCAGGCUGUUGAAAGCCUUUUACAGAAAUUUGCUGCUCAAGAGCUGAUUGAAGUGAAAGGCGCUGAGCCUGAAGAUGACGACCGACCCACUAUAGUAACUUUCGCCGACCACUCAAAGCUGUCUGCUAUGAUGGGAGCUGUAACUGAAAGAAAAGCCCCGACCAUUGCACCAGGAACGAAAAAGAGAAAAAUUCAGGAAAGUGAUUCCUCAGCUUCCUCAUCAUCCACGUCUGCCGCAGGUGCAACCAAGGAGAAGAAAGCGUCAGAGCCACCACAAAAGAAAGCGAGGAAACACGCAUCCCAUGUGGACCUGGAAAUCGAGAGCUUGUUGAGUCAGCAGUCCACCAAAGAGCAGCAAAGCAAGAAGGUAAGCCGGGAGAUCCUUGAACUUCUGAACACCAGCACAGCAAAAGAACAGUCUAUUGUGGAGAAGUUCCGCUCUCGUGGGAGGGCUCAGGUCCAGGAGUUUUGUGACUAUGGAACUAAGGAAGAGUGCAUGAAGGCGUCUGGGGUGGACACUCCUUGUAAGAAGCUGCAUUUCAGGCGUAUCAUAAACAUUCACACGGAUGAAUCACUUGGUGACUGCUCUUUUCUCAAUACCUGCUUUCACAUGGACACUUGUAAAUAUGUUCACUAUGAGAUUGAUGCAUACGUGGAGCCUGCAGGAACCACACCAGGAUCUGAGUCUGUUCCAAACCAAGAUAUGCCUUUGGCUAAAGGAGUGGGAGACCCAAGCGUAGGACGCCUGUUUCCUUCACAGUGGAUCCGCUGUGACAUUCGGUACUUGGACAUGAGCAUCUUGGGAAAAUUCUCUGUGGUAAUGGCUGACCCACCAUGGGAUAUUCAUAUGGAGUUGCCUUAUGGAACCUUGACUGAUGAUGAGAUGAGGAAACUUCAGAUCCCAGUACUGCAGGAUGAUGGAUUCCUCUUCCUCUGGGUCACUGGCAGGGCUAUGGAACUAGGUCGGGAAUGCUUGAAGUUGUGGGGAUAUGAGCGAGUGGAUGAAAUAAUUUGGGUGAAAACCAACCAGUUACAGCGAAUUAUUAGAACUGGAAGAACUGGCCAUUGGCUUAAUCAUGGCAAGGAGCACUGUCUGGUUGGUGUGAAGGGGAACCCUCAAGGAUUUAACCGAGGUCUAGACUGUGAUGUUAUUGUGGCUGAGGUCCGUUCUACCAGUCACAAGCCUGAUGAGAUCUAUGGAAUGAUUGAACGUCUUUCUCCGGGCACUCGUAAGAUUGAGCUGUUUGGACGUCCACAUAAUGUGCAGCCAAACUGGAUCACUUUAGGCAAUCAGCUGGAUGGAAUCCACUUGUUAGAUCCAGAUGUGGUAGCUCGAUUUAAGCAACAAUAUCCAGAUGGAGUUAUUUCCAAACCCAAAAAUAUGUGAACACGUCGGCUCUACUAGGAUGAGCGAUGAAUAAGGACUGUUUUUUUAUACUGUUUAGGCCUCGUGGCUGACAUUGGAUUUUGUAUAAAUGGGGGUUUAUGUCAUCACUCCUCUUCAGCAAUGCAUUGACAAAAUAAACCAGAAAUCUGUGAUGUCA